AGUGGAGGAGGAGGAGGGGGAGGAGGAAGGGGGGGGCUCCGCCAUGAGGGCGCUGCGGGCGGGCUGCCGCUGGUGGCCCCGCGCCUGGAGCAGCUCCUCCGCCGCUCCCGGCGGCUCCCGCAAGCCCUUGAAGGAAUGGGAGCUGGCGGUCGGCCCGCGGGGGAGGCUGCGGGUGCGGCUGCCCUGCGAGGUGAGCGUGCGGCCGCUGGAGCCGCGGAGGAGCCCCGGCUCCGAGCGCCGGCUGCUGGUCACCGUCCGCGGCGACAGGCGGGACCCGGAGCGCGUCCGGGUGCGCUACGACGAGGAGCUGCAGCUCGCCGCCAUCGCCGCCGACGGAGUGGGCAGCGGGGCCGCCGUGGAGGUCCGGGCGCCGGCUCAGUUCGAUUUGGAUAUCAAAACAUCAGGGACUGGCUGUGUGAAGAUUCAGAAAAUUGAAUGCAGUAACUGCAAAAUAGAAACCGAGAAGGGGACUAGUGUCUUGCAGUCAAUAAAGAGCCAUAAAAUUGACAUACGAACGAAAGGUGGCAAAGUAAUUGGUCUUGGAACACUUUGUGGAAAUACAGAUAUUCAUGCAACAGAGAAGGGUAGUGUGAAUAUAGAGAAGCUGCAGGGGUCAUCCAUCAACAUAACCACAGAAGAUGGGCUGCUGAAAACUAAGUAUCUCUAUGCAGAGUCUUCAUCUCUCUCAUCAGUAACUGGUGAUAUUCUGCUGGGAAGUAUUCAUGGUAACACCAGCCUUCAGACCAAAACAGGGAGUAUCACAGUAGAUUCAUCGGAUGGAAGUCUAAAAGCUUCUACACAUCAAGGGUCAAUAGAUGUUUAUGUCAGUCAACUAAGAGAAGUGGAUCUGAAAUCCCAGAAAGGUUCUAUUACAGUCAAGGUACCUGCCUCUCUCAAAGCCUAUUUAGAGUUGUCUGGAAGAAAAGUGGAUGUGAGCUCAGAGAUCCAGUUAAAAGAUACACAAAGUGCCUCCAAAGAUGAUCACGUUACUUUAAGUGGUCACAUGAAUCAAAGUAAUGAAGCAGACAAGUGGAUCAAGGCUGACACAGAAAGUGGCGAAGUACGUCUUAAAAGCCAAAGCUGGAUCCAGUCUGUCAAGCUGAAGAUUUCAUAAAGGCAAAAUAGCCAAAGCGAUCAAAUCAAGAAAUUGUAAAGGAACAUUUCUCUAAAACUAAGAAACAUUGUUGAUACGAAUUCUUAUAAGAGACAAACACUAUUUAAAAUGAGGGCUUUUUAAACUAAGAUUUGCCUGUGACUGUGGCUGGUUGUUAACAGGUUUGGUUUACUUUUCCAGUCUUUUAGGAACUACACCAUUUUACAUAUUCAGAAUUUGUAUAUCCAAGUCAGUCUAAAAGCUGGUAACUUUCAAAUAAAAGUUGGGGGCUAUAAAAAAAAAAAAAAAAAAAAACUUAAAACACCUGGUAUUUGAAAAUAUGAAAAUUUACUUUUAAGGUAAUCUGCUCUGCAAGCUAUAUUACAUAUUUUAAAGAUAUAUAUCUUUCCUGUGGGACUUAUAUUGGUUUAUGCAAAAUGUGGAGAAUUUUCUUCAACCAAAUUGUGUAUUUUGGAUAGGAUAAAACCACUUUCAGAGCUGUAAUUUUUAUUUGUUUUGUGUUUAACUCCUAAGCAGUUUCUGCCUUGUCAAUGGGCACUUUAUGUGUCAAACUACUUGUAUGAAAUGAUGACACCAAUUCCGUGUUGUCCUGAACCACUUGUGGAUAGAAUUAGCAAGUGUGGCUCUGUCUACCAUUUGUCUAUAUAGAAAAACUUAAAAAAUAAAUUCUGAAAAGUGCAAGAGGUCUAGUUGAUUUCAAGAAAGAACACUCCACUGCCAGGACUUCAGAUAGAUUUCAUUUGAAUAUUCUCCUAAAAUAAAAGCUAUUAUUGGAAGCUA